GAUGUUUACGAGGGGCAGCUUUGUGUCACAGGCGACUCCAAAUCUGCCAGCUGCGCCCCUGCAAUCCUCUUUUUUUUGUUUCUUUCUCCCACCCUCAAGUUUUGGAACUGGCUUGCUGCUGCAUCUGAUUAAGAUGUCUAAGCCGACCCAAAGGGAUAAAACAAGAAAAGUCAUCGGUCUGCGGCGUCAUAAAGCCUCCAAAUUGAAAACAAAACCAACUUUGGACCCCCAACCUGCUGUGUGUGAACCGCCCCCGGACAAUGGUGAAGAAGUCGUCACCACCGGCCGAGGUCAAGAUGCUUUUUCGGACAAGGUCUACCUGCUGGCGUCGGCCAUCUUCCAGAACCAUCACCGGGAGAAGCCUGCGUCUCGCCAACUGGUGAAAUACGGCAAAGAGAGGGGGCUUCUUUUGCCUCACGUUGAACCUGAGAUGAGACGUCCCGCGUAUGAACUGGCCUUCAACGCACUUAAAUAUCAAGAGCUGCUGGAGGACAUUAUAACAGACAGUGGCUCCGUCCUCUCCCACCUAAUACCAGACGAUCAGAUGAGCCUUUUUGCUGUCAUGCUGUAUGACCUGCAGGACAGGAAGUUCCUCCCACACAAGAAGAGGAGAGCAACAUCCAUACAGGAAGUCAGGGAUGUGCAGCAGUCUCUCCUCAGGUGCAAAACCAAGCUGGAAGCCUCACUGGCGCGGUACAGGAUCAAACACGGACUCACCUCCGUUCACUGCAUCCUGCCUGAGAGUGUGAGGGGGAAGCAGGAGAGAGCCAACAGGCUGAUGCUUUAUGCAUGGCUCAACACACUCAGGAGCAGUCUGGACCAGGUCCAAAGUGUGCUGAAGGGUGCUGGCCUCUCUCAGGUGGGUUCAGUGGAGCAGUUGGAAGGACAGACCUUCUGCCAGGACCCCCACUGUGACGACGUGCUGGUGUUUCCCGCCUGGGUGAAAGCGACUCUGGAGUCCACCAAGCUGCUUCAGGACCAUAAACUCAUUUUGCAGGACAAGUCUUGUUGCCUGACCCCAAAUGCGGCGAUCCCCCUGCUACCGGAGGAGGGUGACGUCCUCCUGGUGGGCAGGUUCUCUGGCUUCACUGUCUCUCACACUGCCUUGCUCAUGAGACACAAAUGUAAAGACAAGUCCAAAGUCUUCGCGUGCGUCAGUCACCUGACAGCCGCCCAGAAGGAGGCGCUAUUGCAAGUCAUUGCCGAUACGGGCUGCAAGAAUGUGAAACUGCUCCCUGAGGUCUUCCAGUCUCUGACCAGCGGUGACAAGCGUCUUAGCAGAGUGCGUCUCAUCCUGUUGACGCCCAGCUGCUCCAUGUCAGCGGUCAGCAAUCCUCUUGAAUUCAUGCUGCAAGAGAACAGAGACACAGACCUGCUGCAGGACUUGUCGCACGGCUCCGUGGCCCAGAGCAGGAUGGACGCUCUGAUAGCACAGCAGAAGGACGACAUCCAUCAUGCUUUGAAGUUCCCUCAAGUGCUGGCGGUGGUUUACGCCACGUGUUCGUCACACCCAGAGGAGAACGAGGAGUUGGUGAUCAGAGCGGUGAAGGAGGCCCAGUUGACGUUCCAGCAGGAAUGGCGGCUAAAACCCCCUAACUUGAGAAACAAACAAGCCUCGUCUAAUUCUCCUGACCAGGCAGAAGGUCCAGAAAUCAAGGACUCCUUCUUCAGGCUGGAUCCCUCCGAACAGAAUAAUGGCUUCUUCCUGGCCGUUCUCGUCAGAGAGUCCACACUCCAAGAGCCACCACAAGAUGUUCCAGCCCAGGUGCAGACCCGACUCAAACCCGAGCGCACGAGAUCCAAAGCGCCAAGAAGAAAAACGCCGCGCGUACAAAGCAUCAAGACGAACAAAGCCACCUUCUUCUCUCCACCACCUGAGCGUCAAAUCUGUGUCAAAGCUCCGGCUCUUUUCCCUCAAGCAACAGUCGCCAAAGUGCGCACACAAUCAUGUCAGAGUUGUGUUGCUUCAGACUGCAACCAAGCAAAGUCCCUCAUCAUCAGAGUAGGACAACAUCUCGGAGAAGACGUCACCAACUCUUCAUCCACCCAGCGUCCCACGCCCCCUCCCCUCUCCCCCGUGGUCCCAGCGGUGCGUCCCCGGAGGCUCCAUCAGUUGGAGCUGAAGCCCGCUGUCAUCGUCCUGCCUCCUCCUCCUCCUCCUCUUCUUCUGCAGCCGCCGCUGCACACCUGGAGGACACAUUCUCCCACCUCUCACCUUGCCGGAAGCUUCUCUAAAAGCACGCUGAUCAAACACAAGUUGAAGUUUUGUGUCUAAUUCAGGGGCGUGACCCCAAAGUCUGAACCCCCACACAAAAGACCCCCCCCCCCACAUCCCACCCUAAACCCAACCUGUUUACAUACACCAAAAAUAAACUCACUGUGUGAAUUCCACAAGGCAUGCUAGCAUGCUAAUAUUAGCAUACUUACCUUUUUAGCACAUUUUUCAGCCAUUUACCCCAGGCAUAUAACUUGAUACGUGCUAACUCUUAGCAUGCUAACAUUAACAUGCUAACUUAUUAAAGCUAAUUUGCAUUUGUUUACC